AUGUCUUUCCCGAAAGUAGAAGGAUAUGUUUUUACCGAGAAGCUGGGUUCGGGCAGUUAUUCAACUGUAUACAAAGCUUAUACAAAGAUAGGUGCCCGUACAAUUGUAGCUAUAAAAUGUAUAGACAAGUCCAGUGUGAAGCAUUCUGGAGUAGCGGUGGAUAAUCUUAUCACAGAAAUAAGAUUAAUGAAGUCCUUAUCCCAUCCUCACAUUGUUCAUAUGAAAGAGUUCACUUGGGAUACUAAAAACAUUUAUAUAAUAAUGGAAUACUGCUGUGGUGGGGAUCUAUCUAAAUAUAUUCAAAGAUAUGGCAGAGUUCCUGAAAAACAGGUUUUAUAUUUCCUUCAACAACUAGCAUCAGCGUUGAAGUUCCUUAGAGAAAAAGGUGUGGCUCACAUGGAUCUGAAGCCACAUAACUUGCUGUUACAUAAGCGUUCUGAUGGGAAAUAUUUGUUGAAAGUUGGUGAUUUUGGUUUUGCUCAACACCUAACUUCAGAGCGCAUGCGCUGUAUUCGCGGUUCACCCUUGUACAUGGCCCCUGAGAUGAUAGCGGGAGAAUAUGACGCAAGAGUCGAUUUAUGGAGUACUGGUGUGAUCAUGUAUGAAUGUUUGUUUGGUCGCGCGCCCUACGCGUCGAAUACUCUGCAGGAGCUUAUGAAAAAAAUACAAAGAAAGGAUCCCAUACAGAUUCCACCGAAUUCCUCAAUAUCUCCCGGUUGUUGUGAUCUCUUAAUUCGUUUGUUACAACACGACCCGAACAGACGUAUUUCGUAUGAAGAGUUCUUUAAUCAUGAGUACUUGGACCUGGAGCACAUGCCCAGCAAAGAGAAUUAUGAUAAGGCAGUGUGCCUGAUAAAGCAAGCCAUUGAGUUGGACUGCGCUGGAUCGUUGGAGCCAGCGCUGCGCUGCUACAGCGAGGGGCUCCAGUACUUGGUUCCAGUCGUGCACGUGGAGACGGACACUAUGAGACGCACUGCCCUCACUGCUAAACUCACCAGAUACAUGGAACGCGCGGAAGAAAUAAUGCGAUAUGUCAAAUCACAACAGCAAAUGCCGAUAGUGUCAAGGGGCGAAGCCCUACCUCCUGUGAUAGGGGGAAGCUCCUGUUGCGUAGGUGCUGCGUCGGGGAAUACAUAUGACUUUAACCAGCGAGUAUUAAAUGAAAUAGAAAGUCCAUUGGUGCACAGUCAAGAACCCGUCCCCAGGGAUGAGAGUCGCAUCCUGAAGGCCAACUUGACGUUUGUUACUUGUUUACAAGCAUGCUACGUCAUUAGGUCUGGUACCUUAAUUUCUACCAUUUCAGAUGGCGCUACAAGUUCUAACCUGGAAAAUGGAGUGCAGGAGAGUGAUAAAUGUCUAAAUGAGCCGAUUUCGCAAGAUAAGAAAAUGAAAACGGAAAAGUCUCGCUUUGCGCGAUUUUUCGGUAGACCAGUGCCUUACUUGGAUAGAGAGAAUAGUACCGACGAAACUAAAAAGACAGACAAGAUUGAAGACAAUGCAGAUAUGUGCAAGAUAACAUAG